AAAAUAGAAAGUAACUGACGUUAGCUAACCUCGAAUGCAUAGGUCCUACUAGUUUGCAAGCUACCGUUAAAUGAGCCCCUCUAGUUAACGUUAGUUGCCUGAUAGACCCGACUGAAAAUCACAGAUUUCUGGGAUCCAAUAUUAAUUUAAGCAGUACAAAAACGUGGGAAGUGCACUUAUAAGCGAGAAUGUUGAAUACUUAACGUUACAUUUGAACUUACUCUUCCGGUUAUUGUGCGGUUGCUCCGACCUUAUUUAGGUCGAAAUGUGAAACAAAUAUCCACAGGAAAGUAUUGUUAACCCGACUUUUUAGAGCGCCAGCCAGUACCGCUGUUGAAAUUUCUGCUGGCACAUGUGCAAAACCAUGUAAACACCUGCAAGACUUCGGUUUGUCCCUGUGACCAGCAGUCUAGUCAUUUUUGGUGUUCGUGGACCAGGACGGGACCACCAUGCAGCAGCACCCACCAGGGGCAGGAGGGUGCUUCUUGGGUAUGCUGUCCCCUGGCCAUGGGGCAAGAAAGCUGGAAGGGAAAUCUUUCUACCUGGACGCUGUGAAGAGUCGCCCUGCAGCCUUUCUUGCGGAGGCCAUAUCCCAUCUCGGAGGGAGAAUUGAGAGUUUCCUGAAUAAGGAUGUCAGCUUUGUUGUGACUGGGAGCCAAGAGGGACUCCGAAGCGAGAGGUUCGAAGUGACCCGAGGUGGGUCAGACGGGAUGACCGGGGAGUGUCACAGCUCUCCCCGCUCCACUAAACCGAGAGAGAGCAUCAUGACCAGCACCAGGCAGCAGCGUCCAGCCACUGGCACUCCCAGACCAAUGGUGUGUGGCAGCCGCGGGAAGGCCCUGCUAGAGAAAGCCAUUAGGAAUAAUGAACGGCUUCAGGGGAACAGUGUUUUGGCCAAUGCCCGCUCCUGGGGAGUCGAGAUCGUGCACGUGGACGAUCUCCUGACGCAUGUCCAACUAUUGACAGCGGAGAGCUCCAAGGCCAGACGCAGGAAAACUGAGCUGAAAAAUUCCAACAAGUAUCCUGCUGUGUCUCGUGUCAUCAAAGCUGGUGCCUUGAAGUCCCCCUAUCUGAAGGUAGAGGAUUCAAGCAGGAAAUACAAGGCCCUGCACAUGCAGUCCAUGACCUUUCCUAAUCUGUGCUACUCUGGCCGGUUCAGUCCUUUUGAGCCCCCUGCACCCCCCCAGCCUGAGAGAGUCAAGGAGCAGGGACAAAACAAAGCCAGACGGAUAAUUAAGAGUUUGAGUACAAGCCAGGACAAACCUCGAAGCCCUCUCCCACGCAACCCCUCACUUUGCCGAGCACGCAAAAAGAACCUGGGCUACUGCGAGUGCUGUCAUGAACCCUUUAAGGACCAGGAUGAGCACUUGCAGUCGGCUCAGCAUCGUGGCUUUGUGCAGGACCGCUCCCACUACAGCCUGGUGGACCAGCUGGUGGCUGACAUGGAGCCGGGCUUCGCUCCCUGUCCUGCCCCAGUGUCAGCAGCCACAACACUGCUCAGGUUGGAGACUCCCCCACUUCUAAUACAACUGCCCCACAGCCCCUCUGAGAUGCAGACGCACAGUGAGACGGAGCACGCCAUCCAGGCCCUGCUUACCCAAGGCUCACCGUCCAACACCCUGGACCCGGAUCCAAGCUCUUCCACUCCGAGCGUAGUCCCCCUGUCAUCCCAUGCCCAGCCGCUCCCCCCCUGCCCUGACACCCUCAGCCUACUCCUCCUGCCAUCCCUCCCCCAGCCUCUCUCCUCCUGCCCUGACAACCACCCUCCCUUCCCCGACACUCUUUGUCAGUCCCCCACCCUAGCCCCCUACCAAACCACUCCCAGCCCCUCUCCCCCUGCCCCAACACCCAAUGCCAGCCUCUCAGCCCCUACUCCCAGCCUCCUGUACUCAGCCCUAAAACCAUGUUUCCCUUUGAGCCCAUGUCCCAACCCGACAGCCCCUACUCUCAGCCCCCAGUCCUCAGCCCCCAGGUCCUGCUUCAGCCCCCCACUCCUCACCAUCCCACAGAGGGGGAAGAUGUGGAGAUUGACAGCCAUAUGUCAGCAUCCGCAGAGGUGGAACCAGUCCCUCAGACUGUCCCAGGUCGGUCUCGCUCCCUUCCUCGCCUCAGGAUCACUGCAGCGAAUGCAAAGAAACGCAGCCGAUCAGUCAGUCCUGACACCAAGGCCUGCAAGAGGAUAAGGACCUCCCUGGCCAACCGUCACAAAUCAAAACCCAUCUGGGGCUUCAACAGUGCUGGUUGGACAAGGAAGGAAAACCAGCCCUUAGUCCCACCCACAUAUACUGGCAAUGGACAUGGGCUUGUGGUUAAGGCCUGCUCCCUGCCCAAAGAACUAGGAACUGCAGAACAAAGACCAACCCCAGAUCAGCUGGAAGUGAAGGGAAUAUCACUGGUGCCAACAAUGACACAAGACAGAAUAAACAAAGUUGGGAACGGUGUGGGCAUCCGAGCAGCCAACCACUGUCACUCUGUGCCCAUUUGUGGCCCGGGCCAUGCAAUAUGUCCUUUGUUGAAGGUGGACAAGAUAACCAGUUGGCCUCCAGUGGAAGUGUUUGGUACAAACCGCCAUUCUUUGGCCACAUUCCCAAGGCUUCCUGUGAAUUCCACAGGCAAUCCGUCAGGUCAUAUGGAUCAUUCCAUCUUCAUGGACCGGGGUGUUCUACAGCAGCAUGCCACAGCGACUCCAAACAUCAGUGCUUCUUUCCCUCCCCAGCUUCUUCACCACCCUUCAGAUAGACCAACCCACUGUCCCUCCUCCAGCCAGGACACAAACCCCUGCCACUCCCAGUCCAUCACCUCCAUCUGUAUCGAGUCUGCCCUGCUUCCCGACCUGGCCGUCCCCUCUGACUCGGACUCGGACUGGGAAUGCGAUCUUAUGUCCCGCCUCGGCCCCCCUGCCGCCACCUCCGCCCCUUCCACCCUUUCCCUCCCGCAACCAGCAGGGAGCCACCACCAGCAGCUGGACUUGGAGCUACUACAGAGACCCUGCAGCACCUGGACGCUGCACGACACCAGCUAUGAGUCGCAUCUGUGCGCUGUGUUGCAGCAGCCCCUCACCCCGCUGCCGGACCCCUCUCUAGUGUUUUCCAGGACAGAAAGGCAAAGUCUAGAAGUGACUCAGCACUGACUCGGGAAUUACGGGAGAUGGGUUGGUUACUUGACCCAUCGAAGUCCCAAUACAAACUUUUUGACCUACCUGUUUUUACAUAUGAAGUCGUCAAACAAAGUGAACAGACAUAACAACAAACAUCGCAACGAAUAACAUUGACGUUGAAGCUUGUAUUUGUCAGGUACCUACCCAAAAAUCGAUGGAUUAUUCAUGAUGUAUUACUGCAGAAUGGCGCAAUUACAUCCUUAUAACACUGACUUACGAGGACCUGAUGAGGAUCCUAUGGCCUUGUGUUUCUGGGCCCAUCCCUGAUCCAUUAAUAAUUAAAGCACCCAGGCCAUAUUUUGUCUCAUGCAGACCUUUGUCUUUCAGCAGCAAUCUCUGAGAACAAGCAACGGUAUUGAGAAUUUAAUGAGUCUCUGCUGGAAGGGGCAUUACUCAAUUAGUUUAAGUGCUGCGUCUGGAUCGGCUCCCAGUAGCGCCGGUGUUGAUGUUCAGACCGGGCUAAAGAGUUAAGUGAGUGAAGGACUCGACAGGACUCUGCAGUCCCGGCCAGAAACUCUUGAUUAAUCCUGAAAGGGCUUCUUUGAAGGAGAUCCAACAAAAGGGACUGGAUGGGUGAAAGGGAUAUGGGGGCUUGCCACAGUGCACUCACCACUGAUGGGAUCUCCACCAUAUAUAUUCCUUUGACAACUGUUUCAUAAUAUUGUUUGCCGAUAUAGAGUUCCAGACAUAUGAGCUGUGCUUUCAAUAACUUUUUUGUUUUGUUUUUGUUUUUCAGAGUUAAAAACUACUGAUAAGUGAAGUGGGUGUUUGCAACAUUUUCUGCCUCGUUGUGGUACUUUAAGCAUGUGUCUUUGUCCAAGUGCAACAAAAGACUGACUCCAGCUGAGUAUUUUGGGGGUUUUUCUUCACUAAUUAUGUUGAAUAUGACGUUAUAUCUCAAACUGAAGAAUGGGUUUUAUAAAAUGUGCUUUAUUUCUGAAAGGUUUGUCAGCGUUCACCCUUUCACAAUGUGAAUGCAUAAUGUCUCAUGUUGGUUUUAACAAAAUGUUUAAAAAUUAAAAUAUAUACAGUACCAGUCAAAGGUUUAGACACACUUACUCAAUCGAGGGGUUUUCUUUGUUUUUACUAUUUUCUACACUGUAGAAUAAUUGUGAAGACAUCAACUAUGAAAUAACUUAUGGAAUCAUAUAGUAACCAAAAAAGUGUUAAACAAACCAAAUAUGUUGUAUAUUUGAAGUUCUUCAAAGUAGCCACCCUUUGCCUUGAAGAUAGCUUUGCACACUCUUGGCAUUCUCUCAACCAGAUUCACAUGGAAUGCUUUUCCAACAGUCUUGAAGGAAUUCCCACAUAUGCUGAGCACUUGUUGUCUGCUUGUCCUUCACUCUGCAGUCCAACUCAUCCCAAACCAUCUCAUUUGGGUUGAGGUUGGGUGAUUGUGGAGGCCAGGUCAUCUGAUGCAGCACUCUGUCACUCUCCUUCUUGGUCAAAUAGCCGUUGCACAGCCUGGAGGUGUGUUUUGGGUCAUUGUCCUGUUGACAAACAAAAUGAUUGUCCCACUAAGCACAAACCAGAUGGGAUGGUUUAUUGCUGCAGAAUGCUGUGGUAGCCAUGCUGGUUUAGUGUGCCUUGAAUUCUAAAUAAAUCACAGUGUCACCAUCACACCACCUCUUCCAUACUUCACAGUGGGAAUCACAAGUGCGGAGAUCAUCCGUUCACCUACUCUGCGCCUCACAAAGACAUUGCGGUUGGAACCAAAAAUGUCACAUUUGUACUCAUCAGACCAAGGACAGAUUUCAACUGGUCUAAUGUACAUUGUUCGUGUUUCUUGGCCCAAGCAAGUCUCUUCUUCUUAUUAUGGUGGCCUUUAGUGGUGUUUUUUUUGCAGCAAUUCGACCAUGAAGGCCUGGUUUCAGACGGUGUCCUCUAAACAGUUGAUGUUGAGAUGUGUCUUGAACGCUGAAGCAUAUAUUUGGGCUGCAAUUUCUGGGGCUGGUAACUCUCUAAUGAGCUUAUCCUCUGCACCAGAGGUAACUCUGGGUCUUCCUUUCCCGUUGCGGUCCUCAUGAGAGCCAGUUUCAGCAUAGCGCUUGAUGUUUUUUUGUGACUGCACUUGAAGAAACUUUCAACGUUCUUUAACUUUUCAGUAUUGACUGACCUUCAUCUCUUGAAGAAAUGAUGGACUGUCAUUUCUCUUUGCUUAUUUGAGCUGUUCUUGCCAUAAUAUGGAUUUGGUCUUUUACCAAAUAGGGCUAGCUUAUGUAUCCCAUCCCUACCUUGUCCCAACACAAUUGAUUUGGCUCAAAUGCAUUAAGAAGGAAAGAAAUUCCACAAAUGUACUUUUAACAAGGCACACCUGUUAAUUGAAAUGCAUUCCAGUUGACUACUUCAGGAAGCUGGUUGAGAGAAUUCCAAGAGUGCAAAGAUUGAAGAAUCAAAAUAUAUUUUAUGUAUUGUAGAAAUGUGUAAUAUGUCUAAUUUCAUAGUUUUGAUUUCUUCAGUAUUAUUCUACAAUGUAGAAAUAAAGAAAAACCCUGACAUGAGUACGUGUGUCCACAUUUUUGACUGGUUCUAUAUAUUUGCUAUAGUAUACUUUUAGACUGGCUUUGCUUACGUGAGUGACUAGAUUCAAACCAUAUGUCAAUGGGUCAAACCUGGGUCUCCUGUGUGCCACAACAAUUUGUCUGCUGAGGAAGCUUGGGGAGCUAACAAAGUAUUUUGAUACGCAGAAGACCCAGGUUUGAACCAGUUAGUCACAUUGGUCCUGUGUGUCUCUGCGAGGAACAGGUUGUUCAGUGAAUCACAUUCUGAAUAACCUUGCCUGAGACUUGAAGAAGACUUGCGUUUAGCUUCCCGAGGUAAUACCUUGGAGGCUUAAUCCUGGAUAUGGCCAACAAUUCUCAUUUUUGACUGUAUGGUGGAAUUAAUUUGACUGUUAUAUUUUUAGGAAUAAUAAAAGUUAAAAUAUGUUCUAUGA